AUGUCCCGCAUAGUCCUUUGGGUUCGAGCUGGCUCGGAUGGUCUAAGAUGUGGAGGAGAUCCUGCUGCACAUCGACUUUUCAUGCUUAUGCUGUGGAAAAGCGAACAGGAUCCUAAUCUCAAGUUUGACGUAAAAACCGUGAAUGAGUCGCGUCCACCUCCUGAAUUUAAAGAGGCGGGUCUUCGACGAGCCCCGGCGCUCCAAAUUUCCGACGAUACAGCGUUCUCCGUGGAGGAUGAAAUCGUCGAAGAGCUGGAUAGAUAUGGAAACGCGCGUAAGCGAGCACCUGAGGCUGAAGAUGCCACCUCCGAUCUCUUUCGAAUUUUUGCAUUCUACAUAAAAGAUGUCAAAAAGGAGCCAACGGCUCUUCUCGGAGAAUUGCUGCGGAUCGACCAAUUCCUUGCUUCGGUCGGUACUUGUUUCCUUGCUGGAAACGAGCCGUCACACGUUGACUGUGUUGUCCUCCCUCGACUGCACUCGAUAAGGAUCGCUGCAAAGGCACUUAAAGACUUCGAUAUUCCUUCUGAAUAUUCUUCUUUGUGGUCGUACAUGAAGAAUGGUUACCAGCUGAAGUCGUUUACAACCAGUUGUCCUUCCGAUCAGGAAAUUAUCCUCUAUUGGUCGGAUCGGCCUGACACCACUGGUCUCCCCUCUUCGAAGAGGUCUCAAUUAGCACGUCAAACUCCCUCCUUCACACAUACUGUGCCAGGAGAAUUGGCUACCUCAUCGUGA